GGAUUUGGCGCAGAGAGAAUCGGGUUUGGAUAACACGACACGUUCGCCAACUCAUCAGCCCAACUUCGCCCGGCGCUCCUCCACACAUCGCCAUUAGCUUCUGGAGCAUUCCCUCGCUACUCUCUCGGUCACUCUCUCCAUCUCUGAAGCAAGACGAAGAAGACGAAGGAGGAGGAGGAAGAAGAUGAUGGGCGUGUCCUUCGUCUCGACCGUGCCUUCUGUGCUCCCACUUCAAGCUCAAGUAGCUUCUUCUCCUCCUCCUCCUCCUCCUUACUCCUCGUCUUUCGCUGCCGCCGUCGCACCCCCCGCUCGCUCCGUUGUCGUUCGCUGCAAGAUGGAGAAUAGCGUCGCCGAUGGCAAGGAGUUGAGCCGACGAGACGUUCUUAAAUGCGUCGGCGCUAGUAUCGGCAUUGAACUGAUAGCAAGCUCUGGAUCAUUUGUUGAAUUAGCUCACGCUGCUGAUUUGAUUCAACGCAGACAGCGGUCUGAGUUUCUCUCAAAUGUCAAGGACACCCUUUACACGGCUAUAAAGGGAAAUCCAGAUCUUAUCCCGUCUUUACUGACAUUGGCAUUAAAUGAUGCUAUGACUUAUGACAAGGCCUCAAAAUCUGGAGGCCCAAAUGGAUCCAUAAGGCUCAGCUCAGAGAUUAGCAGACCCGAGAAUAAGGGGCUUUCAGCUGCUAUGAACUUAUUGGAGGAAGCUAAGAAGGAAAUAGAUUCAUAUUCCAAGGGCGGACCCAUAUCCUAUGCAGAUCUUAUACAGUAUGCAGCGGAGAGUGCAGUCAAGGCUACCUUUCUGGCUUCAGCCAUUCGCAAAUGUGGUGGUAAUGAAGAGAAAGGGGGCUUGCUCUACACUGCCUAUGGUUCCAAUGGACAGUGGGGCUUGUUUGAGAGACAAUUUGGGAGGUCGGACACCGCGGAACCAGAUCCAGAAGGUAGGGUCCCCCAGUGGGAGAAGGCCAGUGUGAAGGAAAUGAAAGAUAAAUUCUCAGCCAUUGGGUUUGGUCCUCGGCAGCUAGCAGUGAUGUAUUUGUUUCUGGGUCCUGAUCAGAAAGCAACAGAGACAUUAUUAGCCACCGAUCCAGAUGUGUCUCCGUGGGUUCAAAAAUACCAAAGAAGCCGAGAGACUGUGUCGCAGACGGAUUAUGAGGUCGAUUUGAUAACCGCUCUGACAAAAUUAAGCAGCUUGGGGCAGCAAAUCAAUUACGAAGCGUACACCUACCCAGUUCCAAGGGUUGAUUUGGGCAAGCUCAAAUUGUGAUAGAACGAAGAUGUCACAUAUAUUUGAUCUUCGGAAGUGCAACCGAGAGAGGGCAUAAACAAAUUGUGGCCCAGUUUUCACUUCUCUCUUCAACAGCUAUAUUCCCCAUGGCACAUAGAUUCGCGAGGCCAUUCUAUCAUUAAUCUGUAUCCCAAAUAAGCGUUGACUGGGGUAACUUAUGAGAUAUCAUGUUUACCAUUUCGUCUAUUACUUGUUAAAUUGUGUUUGA